AGAAGUCUUAAAUCUCCUUUUGUUGUAAAUUCUAUAGCUAACCAGAGAACCGUCGCAGGCUCCAAAUCUGGGGUUGACAUUGCUGCCCUUAUAUCGUGUUACCCAAAAGUAUUGAGUUUUGUUGUAUCAAAUAAAUGAUGUUGUCGGAAUCGCAGGUGGGAGCUCCCAUGGAACACUUUUGCCUAGUAUUGGAGGCACUAAUGCAUACCACCCUUGUAUGGCUAGCGUGAAUUGUUACUUGUAGUUGAACAUCACAUCGACAACCUCAACCCCUCCAAAUUUCACAAUCCAACACAAACGAUGGCAUCUGGUUACGGUCUCAAUGGGGGUAUGUAUCAAAGCUACCCUCCAAAGGAAUGGCAGAGGAUGGAAAACUUAAAUGAGCUCAAUGGCUAACAAAUGGGUUCUCAAGGUCCUUCCCGAUGCUUCCCUUUCUGGCAAGAAGUCUUAGCUUGCUACGUCGUAAACACCUCUACAGAGAGCGAUGCAGGAAAGAGGGUUUGCGCGCCGGUAUUGGAGGAUUAUUAUGAGUGCCUACAUCACAAGAAGGAGGUUGGUGUUCAUGGAUUACAUAACUUCGCGGCAUCCGGCAACAAACCCUCGAAUCAUUUACUGACCCAGUAUUUCUUAUGAUUAGCAUGCCAGAACAAUGGCGAUUCAAGCCGCAUAUCACAAAGCCGAACAAGCGAAUCCCCGAGACGAUGCGCCAAAGGCAGGCGUAGUGAGGAAUUUGGGGUUGCUAGAUAAAGAAGAAGAUACCAAGAAGGUGCUGGGAAUGAAGUGACAGUACUUCAGUCAGGAUGUGUGGAAGUUGUAAAUUAGGAGCGAUUAUGAUCAAUGCCAGUACUUGCAAAAGCAUUUUGUGCCCUUGACUAGUGGCGUAUCAUUGAGAUGGACGGUGGUGAUUCGU